GCUUCACCAUGGCGGGUAUCCUGUUCGAGGAUAUUUUUGAUGUGAAAGAUAUUGAUCCGGAGGGCAAGAAGUUUGAUCGAGUGUCUCGUCUGCAUUGUGAGAGUGAAUCUUUCAAAAUGGAUCUCAUCUUAGACGUGAACAUUCAGAUUUACCCUGUAGACUUGGGUGACAAGUUCCGGUUGGUCAUAGCCAGUACUUUGUAUGAAGAUGGUACCCUGGACGAUGGUGAAUAUAACCCCACAGAUGACCGGCCUUCCAGGGCUGACCAAUUUGAAUAUGUAAUGUAUGGGAAAGUGUACAGGAUCGAGGGGGAUGAAACCUCUACGGAAGCUGCCACUCGCCUCUCUGCCUAUGUGUCCUAUGGCGGCCUGCUCAUGAGGCUACAGGGUGAUGCCAACAAUCUGCAUGGAUUUGAAGUGGAUUCCAGAGUGUAUCUGCUGAUGAAGAAACUGGCCUUCUGAACCUCCUAGGAAACCAGCCCUGCCGCUCCCAUCCUCAGGUCGUGGGCCUUUAUUCACACCUGAGCAGCAUUUGCUGUUACUCAUGUGUUGAGAAGGGGGUGACUGUUCAUUGUGAGUGCACCCCCAGCUGCCUGGACUCUAUGGGGAACUGACUGUCCAUAAAAGAGCCAAUGAGGAAGCUCUAAAAGGAAUCUGAAGUUGUUUGGUGUAUCUGAUUUUUGGUUUGUUUUAUUAAACUGUAUUUUUUCAAA